CCUAACAUUUAAGGAGUUAGUGUCAUCUAUAAAACUGCUAGUUAAAAGUAACGAUUGGUAUUUUUUUCAGCUCAUCAUCCAAACUGUUGUGCUAGUUGCUUGGUGAUGGCUACGUCUUCUGGUGGUGUGCCUCCAGGAUUCCGGUUCCACCCGACUGAUGAAGAACUGCUCCAUUACUACUUGAAAAAGAAGGUUUCGUUUCAGAAGUUUGAUAUGGAGGUCAUUAGAGAGGUGGACUUGAACAAGAUGGAGCCUUGGGAGUUGCAAGAGAGAUGUAAAAUUGGGUCAGCGCCUCAAAACGAGUGGUAUUUAUUCUGUCACAAGGACAGGAAAUACCCGACGGGGUCACGAACCAAUAGAGCAACGAAUGCAGGGUUUUGGAAGGCAACAGGGAGGGAUAAGUGCAUCAGGAACAGCUACAAGAAGAUUGGAAUGAGGAAAACACUUGUUUUCUACGGAGGAAGAGCUCCUCAUGGCCAGAAGACUGACUGGAUCAUGCAUGAGUAUAGGCUUGAAGAUGGCGACGAUGCUCAAGGAAACCUGGGUGAAGAUGGCUGGGUGGUAUGCAGGGUGUUCAAAAAGAAGAAUCUAUUCAAGGUCAGUGGUGAAGGAGGAACUACAAGCAUGAACUCAUCUGACCAACAACUCCACUCGUCAAGCAGCAAUCAAUCUCGAACUUUCAUGCACAGAGACAGCCAAUACUCCCUCCGUCAAAACCAUAGCCAUGGAAAUAUUCAACAACCCUUUGUACUAAGCAAGGCUGAGCUAGAGCUUCACUAUCCUCACAUGGCAGCACCUCAUCAAUACUCUCUCUUCCAAUCCCAAACCCUAAUGCCAACUAAUAAGUCCUUAGGUUAUGACUACUCGGGUCUCCCUAAGGAAUCACCGGUCAUGGUUAAGCAGCUAAUGUCAAGCUCUAGGGAUUGUGAGAGUGGCAGUGAAAGUCUGAGGUACCACGCUUGUGAGCCAGGACUAGAGGUGUGCACCUGUGAAGCACCUCAGCAAAUGGUUGCAGGAAGAGAAGAUCAUCAGGGCUUGAAUGAAUGGGCUAUGCUCGAUAGGAUUGUCACUUCUCAUUUAGGAAAUGAAGAUUCUGCAAAAGGGGUGAGGUUUGAUGAUGCAAGUAACGCACCAUCUGCGCACGCAAUCAAUCAGCUCCCGUUACGUGGGGAGAUGAUGGAUUUUUGGGGCUAUGGAAAAUAGUGUUUUGUUUUUAGUUCCUUCCAUAUCUCUUUUUGAAUGACUACUAUGAACAUGGACUGAAACCGGUUCGCAAAAAUGGCUUUCCUUUAUAUUUAUUGUUAAUUGUAAUUGAUUAUUGUUUGUGGGAUAUAUAUAUAG